UUUCUUUCACAUAAUACAAUGGCUGUUACAAGUCGUUUAGCUGAUAUUGCUCAAAAGUCUGCUGUUCUUUUGUUGGCUGGUACAACAGUGUAUUAUAUGGUGAAUGUGGGUAUGCUUGUCAACCGUCGUAUGGAACUAAAGAAACAAGGCAAACUUCAUGAAGAAUUGGCACGUCUGAAUACAGUGCUUGAGAAUCAACAAGCUGAAAAAGCACUUCAUGCUGAGACUUCAACUACACCCACACCUUUCCCAGACACCUCACAACCUGGUUCUACUCCCAGAGACCUUUAACUUCUAUUAAAUAAAU